AUGGCGCAAACUCGCCCCUCUCACCAGCAGCAACAGCCGCCUGCACAAUUCACUUCGCAACCUUUCUCUCCUCCUGUCUCUUCUCCAUCCCCACACUCCGCUUCGCCUGUUAACGGAGGCGCCGCGCCUCCGCCAUCGAAACGACCUCGGCUUUCUCCUCUCCCACCUUCUCAGUCGCAGUCACCCUACGCCUCACCUAGCUUUGGCGCGAUGCAACUCCCGCAAGGCCAGACUCCCAUGAACGGAACUGCCCCAAACAGCAUGCCAUCUACACCAGUCGCCGCACCUGCUCCCCCGGGUACCAUGGGUCCGCCCUCGCGCCCAGUCGAUAAAACCACUGAUGCAGCCGAGUUAACCGAUGUUCUGGCAUCGUCUGGUAUUGAUGUGCGGGAAGAAGAGGCAUUCCUCACGCGCAGCUUCUCCGGGCCCAAUGCGCAGGCGCAGCCGGUUCCCCGAGGGCAAAUGCUUCAACACCCAUCCCCAAUAAACACAUCUUUCGUCUCGCAGGCCUCUACAACAGGCACACUCUCAGCCUCGAGUAGUUUCGGCGAGCUGCCUCAUAUGAAACCUGUUAUCCCGCAACAGUCAUACUCCGAGCCAGCAUCACAAACGCCCGUUCCAUUCAAAGAUCCGAAUCAGCCAACCCUUCCCGAUACGGAAGCUGCCAGAAGGUCUCAAUAUCACCUUCAAGAGCCCUUCUUGUUUGCAAAGCUGCUUGAACAAAAAAUCCAAAAACGAGGAUUUGACCUGGGUGUUCGCAUUCCUUCCGAGGGUCUGUUUCACCCUGUUCCAGGUCGCCCGCAACCUAUCGAAGUAACUGGUCCUGAUGGGUCUUCCAUCAUUCGUACUGGUCAGACCAUUCUGAAUCAAGAGGGGGCUCCUUUGGUGGACAUCUUGAACCUCAUGUCUCUGUCCUGUGAAGAGCGACUUCGAGGCAUAAUCGAUUACGGUUCCUGUCUAGCACGCAGUCGCCGAGCACACUCACAUGGUGUGAUCCCAGACGCGUGGCAGGAUGUUGCACAGCCUUUUGAUUCGGUUCCAGACAACUAUGCGACCCCUUCUAAGCGUCCUCGCAAUGAGAACGAAAUUCCUUUCACCAAAUCUACUGCGGAAAGAUACCGCAGCCUUGUGAAUAGGGAGUCAUCGCUGGAGAAUAGACGUGCUGCAAAGCGCGCUAAGCGCAGCGCUGAUGCCACAGUUGGAGAAAUUACGGGUAAUCGGGCGGAAUCUGUGGAUAUUUCCGGAUCAGCUCCCUCUACGCCACUUCCGGAGCGAGCUCCCAGCUUUGACAAAAAAUCUAUGACCAAAAAGGAGGCGAAGAAGAUGAUGGACUCCAAAGCCAGCGAGGCGCAGCAGCACCAACAAUCUGUUGAAACAGCACGAAUGGCUACGAAUAGCAUGCUUUCAGGUCGUAUGUUUGGAACUAAGAAGUCAUACUCGUGGUUGAAGCCCGGGGGUUCUUCCAGUGGAUUUUCCUCCCCAUCACGCCCUACUCCCUCGACACCGACUGCCGUGCCUGACAAGGCCACUCGACCUGGAGAGACCCCAGCUGAUCAGCCGAAGCGCAGACUCGGAGCCUGGCGUGAGGACCAAGAAAAGGGAGCCGGUAUUCAAGUUCGCGAUCUCUUGUUUAUGCUGGAGGCGGAUGGUCGAGGCAUCAAACAUGUGCAACGAGGCUAUGCCAAGGAUCCAAAGGAGGAUCGUGCAGCUUGA